GGUCCGUCGUUGAUGCAAGUUGGCGUGAUUGGCUUUCGGCUCGGACAUUCGCAGAACUCAGACCAGAGCCGCCGCCGUUCCCACAAUUGCCAAGUGUGUGGGCAGCCAGAGAGCAAGGAACAAGUGCAGUGCAGAGCCCAGUCUCGCAGUCUCGCAACGUGUCUUUAGUUACGCAUCCGCCUGGAAGUGCACUGGAACCGCGCAAACGUCCGCAACGAACCCAGAAUCCUGAGGAAGUGCUCACGCCGGCCGCGAACUGUUCCUCGGGCGUUGUUUACAGAGUCCCGCUGUCGCCGAAAACCCCGUGAAGUUGCACCAACUCCGCAUCCUGCCAGGAGCAGCGCGAAAGUCCCGUCGACCCAGCAUCCGUCAAGUGGGAAGAAUCUCGUUUUCCGCCUUUUGUUUUUGUUAUUCUGUUUUCGUUGUGUCCGAGCGGCGGAAGGAAAAGGAAGUAACGGGGCGACAGCAGGAAAUAGCAGUGUGUGUGCGCUCGUAGGCGAACAGUGCAGUCCGAAAAAGUGAGACGCGGAAGUGCAUUCUACCCCAGAAAUCCCAAAUCCGACUGGCGCAAGAGUGUGUUAACCCUUCGUGUGACGAAUUGUUACUUUAUCGCAAAGUUUGUUUACUUCCCCCAUAGUCGACACGAUAGCGUUCGGCCAAGUGCCUGCUUCGUGAUUUGCCCGUUUGAGUGAGAGACAGGAUCAUUUCCGCGUUUUAGCCUGAUUUUCGUAGACCGACAAUGGCAAGAACUGUUUCAGAGUCCUUAUGCAGGCGUGAAGGAUUUGAAAUCGAGCCAGCUUGCGAGUGCGAAUGAGUGCCUCUAACAUUUCUGCCGGCAACCGUUUUGGAUUAUUUUACAACUAAACCCGCCGUUUUACGUGGAUUAUUUUUGUGAAAGCCAGAAACAAUUUGAAGAGGUGGUGAACGAGUACCGUCCGAUGUUACAGGGUACCCAGGACUAUUGCAGAUAAUUAAAAAGAUCAUUAACAUAAGACGAAGCCUAGCCGCGCUUAGAUCGAGACCGCAGCGUAAUCUCUAAGACGAGGAGGAUAACAUAUUGGACACAGUACAAAAUCAUUUGAACUAUUGUGUGUGAUUCGCACAAUAGAAAUUUUCAUAGCAUCGUGGUGUUGUAACCAAGAUGAAAAUGUUACCAAUACCAUUAUCAUUGAGCGGACCACCGCUAGGUCUUUGGAGUGAUGUUCUAUGGCGAUACCCGCCAGCACCACCAAGUCCCUUGGCCGAUUUGAAAACACAGCUUCCACCCCAGUUGCCUCCAGAUCCACGACUUUGGACCCGUGAAGAUGUCUCCGUGUUUCUUCGUUUCUGCGAGCGUGAAUUCGAUUUACCGAAAUUCGAGUUGGAUCUAUUUCAAAUGAACGGUAAAGCAUUGUGCCUUCUCACACGAUCAGAUUUUGGCGAACGAUGUCCCGGUGCUGGAGAUGUUCUUCAUAACGUUCUACAGAUGCUCAUGCGUGAAUCACAGAUGAUGCACCGACAUUUGCCUAGCAGUCCAGUCACACCGACAAGCAGAUAUCCCCCAUCACCGCAUAGUCAUCCACCUACACCAAAUUGGGCCAGCCUUGCACCGCCUGAAAGUCCCUUCCAUAAUGCUCAUUUACACCAUUUCAUGCAACCAAAUUCGGUUACAUUGAGUCCCGCGCCAUCAAUAGAUUCACAGGCCAGUAGUCCGCCACAAAGUCAGGAGACUAACCAGAAUGUGUUCACACAGAAUAAUGCAACAAGUUCGAGUAGCAACCAAUCGGACUCGGAUGAAGAUAGCUACUCAGAAGCGAAACCCCAAUUGCAUGGGAGUCCACCUUCGACGCCAAUUCUUAAGGAUCUCAAACCAAAUUUAACACAACAAAUCACGAACGUGAUGAAUUCGUGGACGCAGAAUCAUAGCCAGAAGAAUGAAAGUAGUGGCGGAUCAAUAUCAGCUCCUACAACACCUGCCUAUAUGACCGUCAAACGGGAGUUCUUCGCUGAAAGCCCGGAAACAAAUACAAAUGGACGAUUAUUAUGGGAUUUCCUUCAGCAGUUGCUCAACGAUCCCACGCAAAGGUACAGCAAUUACAUUGCUUGGAAAUGCCGUGACACAGGUGUUUUCAAAAUUGUCGAUCCACCCGGCUUAGCCAAGCUAUGGGGAAUCCAGAAAAACCACCUUUCGAUGAACUACGACAAAAUGUCACGUGCAUUGCGAUAUUAUUAUCGUGUAAAUAUCUUGCGAAAAGUUCAAGGCGAACGGCAUUGCUACCAAUUUCUUCGCAACCCAACUGAACUGAAGAACAUCAAAAACAUUUCCCUGCUCCGACAAUCGGUCAAUAAUACAUCGGCGUCAACGCCAUCGAGCACCACAAACGGUACAUCAGCAUCAUCGACCACAUCAUCAUCGUCGAUAUCAUCAACAACAGGCACCGGUCAUGUUACAGCUCAAACACAUCAGCCAUCAUUGCAUCAACAGCAUUUAUCAUCGCAUCAUCAAACGCAACAGCAACAAUCACACCAUCAACAGCAAACGCAACAACAGCAGCAAUCGCAACAGCAGUCUAGCAAUCAUUUGAUUCCGCCAUCAAGCUUAGCACAAUCAGCGGUGGCAUCAUCGAUCUCAUCAGCUUAUGGUGGCCCGCCACCAACUUCACCAAUAAUUAUGCAUGCCAUCAAUGGUGCCUUCCAUUAUAUGUCCGCGGCUGCAGCUGCUUCUGCGUCCGUGUCGUCAUCGCAACCGCCUUCAUCGCCUGGACUGCAACAGAGUCCUUGUGAAAAAUUGCCUUUUAAUAAUUUGAGAAUUGAAAGUAAUGGUGUGGAUAGUGAUGAUAUGAAGCCAACAGAUUUGAGCGUGGCCGGAAGUGAGAGGAGAUUCAAUGCUAGCAGUAGCAGUAAUAGCAGUGAUUGUUAUCCGCUCAUUCGAAAUUCCGAUGGCCUAACAACAAUCAAAUUGAUUCGAUACAAUGAGAAUGCAUCGCCACAAAGUCAACAAUCACAGCGACACGAUGCCUCACCACAACAUCCAUCACAACAACAACAAAAUGAUGUAACAAUGACAACUACAUCAAUUAAAACUGAAUCCGUUGAUAUAAAUGUAGACGACAGUAUGAUGCCAACUGAUCUUCGGAAAUGAAUGAAACCUGUCUUGACGCAUUCGCACAUCGCUGCUGAGGGAAAGACUCGAAAGACUUGAACAAAAUAAUAUGUUGUCGUCUUUAAGAAAUCACGUGAUAAGUGAAUAAAUAAUAUUAGAUUAUUCAAAAGAAUUAUUAGCCAAAAUAUAGAUGAGAUAUUUUACGCCUUUCCAGGGACGUACAAAAUAUAUCUGAAAAAAGUGAAAACCCUGUUCUUCCGUUCUAAAGAAAACCAGAGAAGGAUUUAGAGAAUUCUCAGUUUCUUUUUCGUAAAAGUAUUUAAGACAAUCAUAGAGUAUAUGAGAUAAAGUGUUGAAAUAGAGAAGCAUUAAAAACAUGUACAGUCAUAACUUUGUAUAAAAAUUCGUAGAAACAAUAUUAAAAACAAAACGAGGGACCUAUUAAUCAGCACCGAUUACGAUUAUAUCACGGCCAAAAAAGAAACACAUAUAAUAGUUUGUUAUAUUAUUUUUGUAGAUAAAUAAGAGAAAUUUAAGGGCCAUCUCAUCAAAUUACAAAUUGAUAAAUUUAACAGAAAGUACAUUAGAGCAUUAUUAAUAUUAGAAGUAAAAUAUAAAAUUCUGAUUGUAGCGAUAGUGAUCUAAAUACAAUAACUAAUGUGCCAAUUUAUUAAUUUUUUAAAAGAACUUCUUUUUUCUAUGAAAUUUAACAUUUAAUGGGAAUCGAUAGCGCAGGUGCGCCGGCGAUUUCCCAAGGUUCGGAUAGAAGUGAUGAAUGCGCUCGUUCUCAGAGAUUAUAGCCAGAAUACAGACUGUCCAUUUAAUAUACUCUCAUUGCUCUGGAGAGUGGAAAAUAUCUUUUGAUUUAGAUGUUUGGAAAUCGUUCAGCGGAUUACGUUUUGUAAAUUCAGAAAAUUUAAAUGAGAAAUUUAAAAUCACCCCGAAAUAGGCUUUACAUUAUCGAUAAGUUAGAUUCUGGUAGGUUUUACUGUAAUCAUACUAAAUAAUUAAUUAUGAAUGAUUCUUUCUUUAAAAAAGUAAUGAUUUUAAAGAAGUUUAUGGUUUAAUUAGAUUCUUCUGAAAUUUCAAAUGGAAACAUAAUAGGAGAAUGUAGUAUAAAAUAUACAUUUAAUUACAAUAUGAAAUUAAUCAAUAGAAAUGGUUAAUCAAUAGCAAUUAUACUUCUUAUCCUAGUUUACGAUUUAAUUACAGCAAAACGAUUAGCAUUAGAGUCCAGACCGAAAGUAAUGUAGGAGAAAACGCAUGAUAGUGGAAUAAAACCAUACACUUUAAAGUAAAGAUUCAAUUCAAUGUCUUCGUAUGAUCCGUUCUGAUUUGCGAACGGACCAUAGUAAUACAAUACUUUCACCAUUAAGUCUUCUUUUAAGUGUGAUUUAUUAAACAAGAACUCUUUAUUUAGUUAUAAGUAUUUGGAAUAUUUAUAGUAUUUUUUCUUUUAUUUUUUAUUAUUAUAUCUACUUUAAAUAAACAAUAUUUUGUUUUCAUUGUUCA